AAACGAGUUAAAUGCGGAAGGGGAAUAACAGGACACGAUUGAUUGUUUUAAAUCAUAAGUAGUCGUUGGACGCUGGUGAGAGUAAGAUUUAAAGUUAUCCGAAUCACACAAUACUGCCAUUUAAGGACACAUCGCAUUGGCAUUAGCCAGGGAAACACAUUACGAUUGCUGGCUAAUAUACGUUAGUAGUAUUGUCCGUCGUGCUUUGUGUGACUCAACUUUGGGGUUUGGACCAUCACGGUUGAUGAGACUGAAUGCCGAAAACUGAGGUGAAAGAUGACACAGUUUCUGCCCCCAAACCUGCUGGCACUCUUUGCCCCGCGGGACCCUAUACCAUAUCUGCCUCAGCUGGAGAAACUGCCCCACGAGAAGCACCAUAACCAACCCUACUGCGGCAUCGCCCCAUUUAUCAAACACUUCGAGGACCCCCGUGAUGCCCCCCUUCCCACCAGAGCUGAGACCAGAGAAGAGAGGCUGGCAAGAAAGAGACGAGAGAAGGCUGAGCGGAGACAAGCCGUCCUGGAGACUGAGCUACAGAUAUGGGAUCCACACAAUGACCCCAAUGCCCAGGGGGAUGCCUUCAGGACCUUGUUUGUUGCAAGAGUGAACUACGAUACCACAGAGUCCAAGCUUCGCCGUGAGUUUGAGGUCUAUGGACCAAUUAAGCGGAUCUACCUCGUUUACAACAAGAAGACAAGCAAACCCAGGGGAUAUGCCUUCAUAGAGUACGAGCAUGAGAGAGACAUGCACUCUGCCUACAAACAUGCUGAUGGAAAGAAGAUUGAUGGAAGGAGGGUGCUGGUGGACGUGGAGAGAGGGCGAACAGUCAAGGGAUGGCAACCCCGCAGGCUGGGUGGCGGUCUGGGUGGCACAAGGAGGGGAGGCCCUGACGUCAACAUUAAGCAUUCUGGGAGAGAUGACGCUUCUCGUUAUGACGAGAGACCGAUAGGAGGGGAGCGGGACCGAGAGCGGGGCAGCGACCGCCGGGCGGACCGGAGCAGAGAGAGGGACCGAGAGAAGGACAGGGGUGACAGGAGGAGGUCCCGCUCCAGAGAGAGACGCCGCCGCAGCUCGCGUUCCAGGGAGAGAGAGAGGGGCGACAGAGGAGCAGCGGGAGCAGGCGUGGGUGUCGGGGGCAUUGGGGAUGAGAGUGGAGGCAGCAGGCGGAGAGACCGGGAGAGGGAGAGAGAAAGAGGAGGGGGAGGAGAGGACGGCAGAAGCAGAGAGAGGAGCAGGGAUAGGGAUAGGGAGAGGAAGAGGAGGAGCAGGAGCAGGGAGAGGAAGCGGGACAGGGAGCGAGGAAAGGGAGCUGGUCAGGAAGGAGGGGAAGGAGGGAUGGGGUCAGGAAAUGGCUUUGGAGAUGGGGGGGAGAGGAUGUUGGACGACCCCAAUUCAGCAGAUCCCAAUAAUCUCAGCCGGGAUGAAGGGAAUGUGGAAGGGGAGGAGAGAGGGAGGGAUCGAGGGGAGCGAGAUCGCGACAGGGAACGAGACAGGAGGCGAAGUCACAGGGACAAAGACAGAGACCGGGACAGAGAGAGGAGGAGGGGGGACCGAGACCGAGAGCACAAGAAGGACAGAGCUGACCGUGAGAGGGGUGGAGAGAGGACGGAGGAGCAACAGCCCUAUCUCGGUCAGGAGGCGGGCAGCAAUGGCGAGGACCGGCCUAUGGGAGACGAGGGCUCUCAGAAUGGGAUGAUGGAGCAGGAGUCAGGGGAGUGUGGGGAGGGGUACAUAUCAAAUGAAAAUGGACACAUGAUGGAGCCACAGGUGGAGGGGUACUGAGAGCUCAUGUUCAUAUUGUACGUGGUGCCUGGCUGUGAAGAACUCAACACUAGAACAGUAAGUGUUCUGAUGUCUUUGUCCAAAUCCCUGGCUAUUUUCUGAACCCUGACUGAACUGAAUGCCCGCGUAAGCAGUUUUUGUCCUUUAUGUACACGAUGUUGCACAAUGCACCACUGGGAGCAUAUAGCACAAUAUUUAAAACAAUAUUAAGUCCAAAUGGUUUCCCGAUCUGAAGAACCUUGUGUUGAAACGCAGCGUAACACUGUUGUCUUUUUAAGUCACUUAUUUAGAAUUAAGCCUGUUCUUCAGCUCAGUUAAAGGGCCUAGCUUUGGGUCAGUCUUGGUUCCAUCCAACAGUGCCUGUCACGAAAACUAACAGUUGAACGAUUACAGCUUUUACAAUAAUUUUUAGUAAAAACUGCUUUUGUUACCUAAUUUAUGAUCUUUUGGUCUGUUUGACUCUUGUCACUAUGUGGUUUAGGACUACUGUGUACACCACAUGAGGCAAUAUUUGUUUAUACUCACAGGCUAUGAAAUUAGCAAUUUUUUAAAUG